AUGGGAAUUGCACGCACAAAGCCCGACGCCACAGGUGUGACAGGGUAUCCUGCAGAGGGCAAAGAUGCUAGCUAUGAGGGCUUAUGUAGCUUUGCCUGUAACUACGGCUACUGUCCGACCAAAACUUGUGAUACGACAGAGCAUGCUAUGCCUGUCUCUACAGUAUCAGACUUUCUUCUUCCAGCCUGUAUUGCAGGAAGUGGAGAUGGAAAUUAUGCUGGACUAUGCUCUUACGCCUGUAACUAUGGCUACUGUCCAAUUCGAUUCUGCACAUGUACCGAGACAGGGGACCUGGUGACUACACCUUCGCAAACAAACGGUACUGGAGAAGCGGCCGACGGGGUUACUUCAUCUCUUGGUGAUCUCUGUGAUUUCACUUGCAGCCGUGGAUACUGCCCAGAUGCAGCUUGUAAAUACAAGUCGUCGGUUUCGUCAACUGCAUCAACCAUAUCAUCAACUGCAACUCCCACCGCUGGCACCAAUAAAGCUAAAAAUGAAUCCAUAUCUCUACUCUUGUACCGCGCCAUGGCCAAUCUGGCGUCGACAUACUGA